AUGCCGCUUGAAGGAGGAGAAUCAAGUGAAUAUUAUAUUUUCGACCUUGCUUUUUCUGAUACAGAAUGCUUGGAAAUCGAAUACUUUAAAAGUGACCCAUCUCUCGAUAAAGAAGAUAAAAUCCGAUACUCUGUGACUUUUGAAAAACAAGCGCCAGAAGAAGCUGUUCAACUUGGAGCUGAACGGACCAUCUUCGGGUACACCUUCCAAUGCGUUACUGAGCGAUAUGGAACGGUUGAUGUCGAUGCGAUCAAAAUACAAAGCGUGAAUACAGAUCUGCCGGAAUCGAAUAUUGACGCAGUUAAGCCUGAUCAACCGAAAAUGGAACUCCCAAAUGGUCAAGAUUACGACCCAACUGUCCCACUUGCUCCUGGAAUACCGAUAACACUGGUUUUCGACGAUAUCAUUCAAAAUCUCGGGCAAUUCCGGGUCGAUUCCUGCAGCGUCAACGGGGCAUAUUUUGUUAAAGAUGGAUGUACAAACGACAAUUGGGACGUCCUUCAAUUUGGAAUAGACGGUCUUUCAAAAAAAGUUACAGUUGCUGCUGUUUCGUCGACAGAACAAUCGGAUGAAAUGCAAAUUGUUUGCACAGUCGUUUUCUGCAAAAGCUGCGCGGAUGAACUCACAAAUUGCGAUGCAACCCCACCGAUCGGAAACGCGAAAAUAAUCAAAGACGAAAACACGGCAUCAUCCUCUUCCCAACAAAAUUCUGCUGGAGGAGGACCGAAUCAAAAAGCUUUAGAAAUCAAGCCAAGAAGCUCAAUCUCGCAAACAAUUUCCAUCGAAGCCCCGGAGAACCCAGUCGUUAUCGAAAUGGAUGGCGUCAAAUUGAUUGUCGACGAAGCUCAAAUCAAAGGAACGGAAAUCGUUGGAACGCCACUUAUUGAAAAUCCAAGUCCAGAAUCUCCAGGAAAAUAUUCAUCGGCUCAAGGGCCUCAAUUACUGUUUCUGCCGAUUUUUCUCUUCUUGCGGAUUUUCUUCAAAAUUUGA